UCUUCCCAAAGCUUUUCCUCCAUUGCCCCCCUCUCCUCCUGUAAAUGGCUUCAUUCCCAGAGUCAGAUUUCCAGCUGUGCCCACUGUGUAAGGAGAUGUGUGUGUCCUCUGCCCCCAUCUCCUCCUCCAGUUCAUCCUCAUCCUCUUCUCAGACCUCCAGCAGCAGUACCGGGGGCAGCGGGAACCUCGGCUCGGCGCCCCGAAGAUUGCACGUCUUGCCGUGCCUGCACGCCUUCUGCCGGCAGUGCUUGGAGGGCCACCGGAGCCCUGGCGACUCCCUGCAGCUGCACUGCCCCGUGUGUGACCACAAGGUGCUCAUGUCUGAGGCCGGCAUGGACGCUCUGCCCUCUUCUACCUUCCUUCAUCUCAGCAACCUGCUGGAUGCCGUGGUGGGGACCGCCGAGGAGUCUUCAAACAACGGGAGCAGGGGCGGCCCCCGGCGUCCGCAGAGGCCGCGCUCGGCGUCGUGCUCGUCCUCCAGCCUCCUCCGCCGGGCGCCGCCCAGCCAGAGCGAACCGCGCUGCUCCUCCUGCGACGAUGGCAACGGGGCGAGCUCGCACUGCCUCGACUGCCAGGAGAACCUGUGCGACAACUGCCUGCGGGCGCAUCAGAGGGUGCGACUCACUAAGGACCACUUCAUCGAGCGCUUCACUGGACCAGGGGGCAGGGUGCCCGGAUGUAUCAGCGGCACCGCGUCCCCGUGCAACUCCGCAGCGUCCAGCGCUGCCACUACCUCAUCCUCGUCCACCUCGUCGCCCUUCCAGGGAAAUGCUUUCCCCAUCCUGCCCAUGUACCCGGAGAGAUUAGCCUACUGUCAGCAGCAUGACGAGGAGAUUUACAAAUCUGGAGAGCGCAAGACAGUGUAUACCCUGGCGGAUCUGGUGAGGAUUAAGACUUGGGUUCUACAUUUCUAUUGUGAUUCAUGCUCUAUCCCUAUAUGUCGUGAGUGCACUAUGGGACGUCAUGCUGGGCACAGUUUUGUCUACCUCCAAGAUGCUCUUCAGGAUUCAAGGGCACUUACUAUUCAGCUUCUGGCUGAUGCUCAACAGGGACGUCAAGCAAUCCAGCUGAGUCUUGAGCAGGCCCAAGCAUUGGCAGAGCAAGUUGAGAUGAAAGCCAAAGUAGCGCAAUCUGAGAUCAAAGCAGUCACUUCCAGGCAUAAGAAGGCGCUCGAGGAGAGGGAAUGUGAGCUGCUAUGGAAGGUUGAAAAGAUUCGUCAAGUGAAAGCAAAGUCUCUCUACCACCAGGUUGAUAAACUCCACCAGGCUCUAAACAAACUGGACAGCACAAUCAAUGCAGUACAGCAGGUCUUGGAAGAAGGCUGCACAAUGGAUAUCCUUAUUGCCCGGGAUCGUGUCUUAGCUCAAGUGCAAGAUAUAAAAAAUGCUAGAGGUCUGUUACAGCUUCAAGAAGACGAUAGAAUCAUGUUCACUCCCCCUGACCAGGCCUUGUACCUUGCCAUAAAGUCCAUGGGAUUAGUCAGCAGUGGGGCUUUUGCCACACUAACAAAAGCCACAGGAGAAGGCUUAAAACGAGCCCUUCAGGGCAAAGUUGCAUCAUUCACUGUUAUUGGCUAUGACCAUGACGGUGAAGCACGGUUAUCAGGUGGUGACCUUAUAACUGUACUGGUUAUGGGUCCUGAUGGAAAUCUGUUUGCAGCUGAUGUCACGGAUCAGAUGAAUGGUACAUAUUUGGUUAGUUAUAGGCCGCAACUUGAAGGCGAACACCUUAUCUCUGUAAUGGUGUGCAAUCAGCACAUUGAAAAAAGCCCAUUUAAAGUCAAUGUGAAGUCAGGUCGUUGCUACUUGGGGAUUGGGCUUCCUUCCCUUUCAUUCGGGGGAGAGGGUGAUCACGAUGGAAAACUUUGCCGUCCCUGGGGUGUCUGUGUGGAUAGGGAAGGAUAUAUUAUUGUUGCUGAUCGAAGCAACAACCGCAUCCAAAUCUUUAAGCCAUGCGGUACUUUUCACCACAAGUUUGGCAGUUUGGGAUCAAGACCUGGCCAGUUUGACCGGCCUGCUGGUGUUGCGUGUGACAGUUCUCGUAGGAUUGUGGCAGCAGAUAAGGACAACCAUCGUGUUCAAAUAUUCACUUUUGAGGGCCAGUUCUUACUUAAAUUUGGUGAGAAAGGGACCAAGAAUGGCCAGUUUAACUACCCUUGGGAUGUUGCCGUCAAUUCAGAGGGGAAGAUCCUUGUCUCUGACACUCGAAAUCACCGUGUCCAAUUAUUUGGUCCAGACGGGACAUUCCUGAACAAGUACGGCUUUGAAGGUGCUCUCUGGAAGCACUUUGACUCUCCUCGCGGUGUGGCAUUCAGUCAAGAUGGGUACCUAGUUGUUACUGACUUUAAUAACCAUCGUCUGCUCAUAAUCAAGCCGGACUGCCAGUCAGCACAUUUCUUGGGUUCCGAGGGCACAGGCAAUGGGCAAUUCCUGCGGCCUCAAGGUGUUGCCGUAGAUCAGGAAGGACGCAUCAUUGUUGCAGAUUCUAGAAACCACAGAGUACAAAUUUUUGAGCCAAAUGGAAGUUUCUUAUGUAAAUUUGGCACCCAAGGAAGUGGCUUUGGCCAGAUGGACCGCCCAUCCGGUAUAGCUGUUACACCUGAUGGCACAAUUGUCGUGGUCGACUUUGGUAAUAAUCGGAUUCUUGCCUUCUAA